AUAACCGCCGCAGCGCACGAGGAACGAGCCGGCGAGCCAGCGUGCUCGGCUGCGCGCGCAACCUCGCAUGCCUUUCUCCCUCCCUCUCUCCCGCGCUCUCCACAGUCUACUACCCCGGCGCGCGUGUUUGUGUUGUGUUUGCGCGCUUAUACCUGCAGCCCGUGCGCUAUAGACCUUCCUCUCGAGAGUGAAAGGGGGAGAGGAUCGCUCCGCGGUUUUUGUUUUUUUCGCCAAACGGUGCCUUUUUUCUCUGUCUUUGUUUUGACGUUUUCAGAAUUUUCGAAGAAUCGAUUGCGCGGUUGGCCGGCAGGUGGCGGAAGGGGAGAGACGCCACAUCCGGAACGCGAGUCGCGACUUCCGCAGUGACUCGCUUGGCGGAUUAGAGUUUUUAGUUCAGUUUCCGGUUCAUCAUCGGGGAGGAAGAAGAGUCGCGUCGAUGCAGGGGAGAGAAAAAGAAGUGGACAGAGGAGAGGUGACUAAGCAAUGGCAUUGCAGAGACGUAUAAAGGGCGUUGCGGAAAGGCGGCUGGCAGAGAGAUUUUUCUCGAAGGAGGCGCCGGAUCGUCCGCCGAAAAAAGCACAUCUCGAGAGUGCGUGAGCAUGACCGAGGCGCCGACCGCCGAAACAAAGCGACUUUUUGCGCAUCGACCGCCAUUUUGGAUUUACAAAAAACGUUGCAAGCAACGACGGCGGUUGGGAGGAGAGCCUCUGUGCGGAGCUUUUCGCAGAAUCUACACUUUUCUGAGCAAAGAUUUUCGCGGACGUGCGCAGGGAAAGGCAACGAGGUGUCUUAAAAACUUGUAAUGAAUUUCGGCUGGCAAGUUUCUGGCAGACGCUCAAAGUACGAUAUUUUACAUAAUCUGGCCCGAAAAGAAUUAAGAGAAUUAAAAGAAAAUACAGCGCAAGAAAAAGGACGAAAGGCCUGGUAAAACUUGUAAUGAAUUUUAAUAAGAAAGUCUCCAUAGGAGCAGAUUUCGAUCACCUCCAAAUCCACGAGAAACGCAGUAGCAUCAACGGUGGCAUAGUUCUUCCUUCGUCUACGCGAUUACUUGUAAAGGUGCACGCAGGAGGAUGAAGAACAUGAUAUCCCUGCUUUUCUCUGCGCUAUUUUUGCACACGUGCCUUAGUCUUCGGUACAAUUCAUUCACUUCUGGUGGAUGGGUUCGAAGGGAUCUCUGAAGUACGUAAAGGGCGUAGAGGGAAAAUACGGGAUGGUGAGAUGUCACCGUUUUUGUGAAGCGUAAAGAAGAAAACGUCCUCGCCUACGUGAGGAAUUUCUGCAAAAAGUGAGCACGAAGUGAUUUUAUAUUCUGAGUGACCAAGAUGAUGCGUGAGGGAAGUACAUAAUCCAAUUCGACGGCAGAAUCGCAUCCUAAAGGUGCCAUGAUGGACGCAGAGGCAGCCCUGCUCGAGGGCUCCCCGACGAUGUCGACGAUUUCGUCGGACUUUACCGAUCAGACGUACGUGGAUGCCGGUACGCCGGACUCGGCCACGAUGAUCUCGCCCAUGUUUCCCUGCAAGAGCUUCGACGGGGACGAAGAGGAGCUCACGCCGAAGCUCGUCCUCGGCCGGUCUGUGGCGCGAAAGCCCAAGCUCCGUAUAAGACCGCCCUAUCUCAUGAUCUGCAUCAGCAUCAUUGAGAUAACAGUUCACUGCCUCGGCGACGAGGCGACGCUGCGAGAGUGGCUGGUUUACGAUCCCCGGCAGCGAGUUCAAGGCUGGAGGUUUAUUUCCUACAUGCUUUUGCACUCCAACGCUCUACACCUCACGCUCAACGUGGUCAUUCAGCUGGUGCUGGCUACUCCGCUCGAGGUGGAGCAAGGUCGGUUCGCGGUCGGGACGAUUUAUCUCGGCGGCGGAGUUUGCGGCGCACUGGGCGCCUCACUGCUGCAGCCGAACCUUUAUCUCGUCGGCGCUUCCGCCGGUGUGUAUGCACUUCUCACCAGCCACCUAGCUCAUCUUUAUCUGUGUCACGGCGAGCUGCGCUACGCCGGUUGGCGACUAGGCGCGGUACUGCUGCUGGCCGGGGCAGACGUGGCCUCACUGCCGGUGCCAGCGCUGCUGGGCUGCGGCCGGGUCGGCUGGGCGGCCCACGUAGCCGGUGCCCUGGCCGGACCCCUGCUCGGCCUGGCCAUUUUCCCGAACCAGAGUAAGAAGGACGCGCGCGGACGCAGCUUCGUGCGCUUUGUCAGACUCAUGUCUGCCGUGAGCGUGACGCUGCUCGUUGUCGGCGCCAUCCUCGGCAACGUCUACCUCAUCGCCCUGCCCCAGCUGAGGAGGCCCUCCUGACAAAGGAUCGAGAUGCUCGUGCAGUUCUGCAAGAAGUCCUUCCUGAUAGUUAAAAUACGCGAGGCCGUGGACGCGGUCUUCGAGUGAUUUCGAGGCUGCCACAGUCGGAUGGGGCUCCCGAAUCCGAUGAUGAUACGCUGCUCGACGAUUGCUCGAGUGCUUUUGUGAGAUAUGUAUACCGAUGUGGGGAAAACGAGCAGCCUAUUGAUUUCUUCAUUCCCUUUAUUAACUGCCGUUUACCGAUUCGUGCGUCGAAGAUAUAAAUAAAAGUUCGAUUCCGAGCUGGUUCAAUGACCGAAGCGUAUGAGCAUUGUUCCCUUAGAACACGAUACCUUUUCAAACCAAACAGCACUGCCGUUCGCGCACGAAUCACUUUUAUGAUUUCAAUGCACUCGAGCGAUCGACGCACGUUGCAGUUGUUGCAUUCGUAUAACAACACGCGAUGUGAAAUCGAUUUUGGUGGACGCGUCACGUAUGUAGGUUUUGAAUAACGGGCCUAGUCGUGCAUGUAAAGUAUUACUUCUUAUACAAGUAAUUUUCAAAGGCUCGUUUACAUACAAUAAAUUACACACAGCAGGUUGGUUAAUUAUUAUCGUGCAAUUCUUAACCGUAACAUCACCAACAAUUCUUGUAAAUAAUUAUAAGCACAUUGAGUCAGAUAGGUAUAACAUAAUUUUUUACGUUUAACUGCAUUAUUUUUUAAGCAUAUAUAAACGAUGUUAAUCAUGAACGAGUAAUGAUUUGUGCCGAGAAUCGUUAAGAAGGAAUUAUCAUGCGCAUGUUUGCUUAUUUAUACUUCAGUGCUAUAGGAGCUUAAUGAAAAUAAAUUAUUCUGCAUCAUCAAGAGAUCCAAUUAACCCACUUCGAAUUUAUUUAUGGUGAUAUUCUUUGAAGUGAUUUAUACUUAUUAUUUUAUUUGGAAAGCUACCAACAAAAUAUUUUACAAUUUGUUACCGUCGUUUAUAGAGGUAUUUGUGUUCUGAAGUCAAGUAGACUCCAAGAUUGCCUGAGCUUCGUACACUGGUUUCACUUAUGAAUGCAUGUCGGUAUGGCAAAAUCCUGGCCAACGCGAAAUAAAAUUUAACGGCAAUAGAAAUUCUGUUUGAGCAACAGGUUUUAUUCGAAAGUAUUAACAUAGAGACGAUUGGCUCCAUACAGUGAACAGACUAUGUGAUUUACGAAAUGUAUACUUUAGCACGUGAGCGAUAACAUGUCAAGGCAUUUCGAAUUCAAAUGUAUGCUAUGUACGAAUCGUGCUGUAGCAUAAAAUUUAACAGAACGCUAUUGGGUUGAUUUGAACUAAUUUUGCGAAUAAUCAAUAACUCGUGGCAUAAUUUUGUUUUUGGAAUAAUUAAUUACACAAACGUGUCAUCGUACAUGCAAAUAAUUCAGAAAUAAUUUUAAUGUAGAACAUUACAUAAUAUUUCUAGCCAAAUAUAGUUGCGAAUCAUUAUCGUAUUAAUUUUAAAAGGACGAAGCGUCUCAUUUUAAAAGUCUAGAUACACUAUAUAAUAUAUAAUAUAUAUAUAUAUAUAUACAUAUAUUGGAGAACAUAACUGAAAGUGUAAUGAAGAAAAUAUUUCUCGUGCAUUACAUGUGCUAAUAUUGAAGAGGCUAUGUUCACAUAGUUUUUCCGGGGAAAAAAACGUUGUUUGCGCUGAAAAAUUUUAUUAUAGAAUAAAAACAGUAUAGCGUGUAAAAUAGUGAAAAAUGAUAAGUAUCAUCCAAAUAUCGUGUAAAAAAAGAAUAUAAAAAUUAUUACAUGACGAAACUAUCUAAUAUUUAUUAUAACGAUGUCUCCGCGGUGCGAAUCUCGAGCGCUAUAUAACGAAAAUGCACCGCAGUAAAAGUCGCGACGCGAAAUGAAAAAUAAGCUGCCAGUCAGAAAGUUGCGCCGACUUUUUGUAUACUAAAUUGAUUCUUUGAAAAUUUUAUAUCGCACGUUACGUUGCAAUUCGCAUAUGUAUAAGACAGUUUAUAAUAAAUUAUGCGACAUAACACUGCGGAUUUUGCUGGCGAUGUACAAGAAAUUAAAAUAGUCUUUGCUGUUGACCGCAGAGAAGAAAACCGAAAAUUCAAAAAACUUUAAUGUCAUACGAUAAGUACCUUUUUAGAGAUAGUUAUAUAUAUGCGACUAUUCAAAACAAUUUUGUCCUCAUGCAAGGAAAACAUUUAAAUGUGUUUAGAUGAAAACGUGUGUGUGUGUGUGUGUCCAUACAUAUAUAUAUAUAUAUAUAUAUAUAUAUAUAUAUAGGGCAGUGCGUUGGAAAUAUGUAAAAUAAAAUAGUACAUUACGCAACUAGUGCGAGGGGAACACGAUUUACGCACGCGUGGUAGUUCGCGCCCGAGCGAAGCGAGCGUAUAUUAUUUUUCAUAACAAGUGUCGCGGAGCUCGAUAUUAUACUAAAUUAGUAUAUUAUACAAAUUAAAUUUAUUUCAUAAUGCGAAAUAGGCCA